AACAUUAAUAUAAAAUAAUAUCAAAAUGCCUCAAAUUCCAUAUAUACAUUUCCAAAAAAAACAAACAGAAAAAGUCGAUUGGGUUGAACCAUUGAAAAAAUUUAUUCAGGCUACAUCUAUUGAUGAAAAUCAAUAUAUCAAUGAAUGUAAUAUUCUUAAUAAAUUACGUCAAGAUAUUCAAGAAGAAAACAUGGAUAUAAUAAACCUAAAUAUGCUUUAUAAAUACUACGGGCAACUUGAAUUUUUAAGUCUUAGAUUUCCUAUAGAUGAAAAGAAUAUACGAAUUUUAUUUACAUGGUAUUGCGCAUUUACGAAUACAGCCAUAUCGCAAUAUUCAUUAGCAUACGAAAAGGCAUGUGUUAUGUUUAAUAUUGCAGCAACACUUUCUACAAUAGGAACAACACGAGACAGAUCAAAAGAAGAUGAAAUCAAAAAAGCAUAUCAUUAUUUCCAAUCAUCAGCUGGAAUAUUUGAGUUUAUAAACACAAAUUUUUUGCAUGCCCCAAGUUUUGAUUUAGAAAAAGAUAAUAUACAAUCUUUAUGUGAAAUUAUGCUUGCUCAAGCUCAAGAAGUCCUCUGUGAGAAACAAAUAAAUGAAUCAAAAAAACCUAGUAUAAUAUCCAAGCUUUGUGCACAAACAGCUUGGUACUACGAAAAUAUUAUAAGCAAAAUUUCUAAAAAUGUUCAAAAAAAAAUUUUUAAAAAAUAUUGGUUACAACUUUGCGAAAUAAAACAAAAGUAUUACAGUUCUAUAGCACAUUUAAAUAAAGCUCUAGUUGAUGAAGGGAAUAAUAAGUAUGGAGAGGCUUUAGCACAUUUAGCAAUAGCAAAUACACAAUGUCGUGAAGCUUCUAAACUUUCGUUAUCUUUACUUUUGUCAAUAUCUACUUCUGAUAAACUGAUGUUUGAUCCAAUGUCGUAUUUUAAUAAUAUAAUUAAGAAUCUCUCCAUGCAGAUACAAGAAAAAAAAAAUAAAUUAAAUCACGAUAAUGAUUAUAUAUAUUACCAAUCUAUCGUUAGCGAAGAAUCACUUAAACCUCUUGAAAGACUUUCAAUGGCAAAAGCAACUCCUAUCCAAGAAAUAUAUGUCAAUCAAAAUAUACAAGAAUUAAUUGGGCAAGAUAUUUUCUAUAAGUUUAUACCAAUAUCUAUUCAUGAAAGCGUCUCAUUGUAUUCAGAAGAAAAGGCGAAACUAAUUAGAAAAGAAUUAGAAAGAUGUGAAACUGCAGAUUUAGAAUUGGAUAUAGCGUUAAGUCAUUUAAAAUUACCUGAUUCUUUAAAACAUUAUAAAUAUAAUGAUUCGAUAAUAGUGAAAGAAUUAUCAAAAGUUCCCGAAGAAAUUAUUGAGUUAUCAAAAUCUAUACUUGAUCAAGAGAAGGACUGUGAAGUUUUAUCACUUAUUAACAGUCUUUUAAAUCUGAAAGAAAAAAUAAAUUUAGAUCUAAAUGAAGUUGAAUUUAUUAUGAAUGAAGAAGAACAAGAAUGUGAAACAAUGAGGGAAAAAUAUUUACGUAAAUGGUCACAGAUUCCAUCUAGCUCAUUGACUUUAUUAAUGAAAAAACAAUUGUCCUUAUAUAGAGAAAAUCUUUCCUCAUAUGCUGAUUUACAUUCGCAAUUAAUAUCUGAGUAUAAUUCUUUUGCACAUCAAAUAGCUACAUUAAUUGAAGGAGAAAAAAAUAUUCAAAAAAAUUAUGAACGAGAAAUUGAAAAAGCUAUUCAAAGCUCUCAAACAAACCUUUUGGAUUUCGAUGAUUCUAAUGAUAUUCAAAAUGAAGUAAAUAAAAUAGAAAAUAUAUUAAAAAAAUUAAGUAUUAUUAAAAGGGAACGACAAGCAACUUUAAAGGAUUUAAAAGAAAAAAUAUGCAAUGAUGACAUUUCAAACAUAUUAAUUUUAAAAAAAGCAAAAUCAGACACAGAAAAACAAAUUUUUUUAUCAGAGCUUGAAAAAUUUAAGCUCCAUGAAACCAGACUGUCUGAAACUAUUUAUCAUCAAGCUCAAAUACUUCGAAACCUUACUUUAGAUUUCGAAAAUUUACAAUCUAUUUCAUCAAAGUCACCUAUUAUUCAAAAAUGGACCAAAAUGACUGAAACAAAUAAAAGUAUUUCAAAUAAUUUUAAAGAAACAUAUAAAAAAUACUGUAAUAUAAGAUCUAGAAUUUUAGACAUAAUUUCAUCCUAUAAGGAACUAAAAAACCUUUCCAGUUUACUUUUACUAAAUACUAAAAAAUUUGUAGAUGAUCGAAGACAUGAAGGAGCAAACAUUUUGUUUCAUAUAAAAGCUACAUCUUAAGAAAAAAUAUGUAAAAGUUAUAUAAAAAUUUAAUAUACAAGAUAAAAUAUAA